CGAAGCGUCGGAGCAACGGCCAGCGCCCCCUCCCCACACGGGACGCUCGUUGGCCCGCCGAGGCCCGUUUACUCAUCACGCGCGCACGGUUCGGUGGCACGCGCUGCGCUGCGCUGCGCUGCUGCUUGGCGAACGCGCCCGAAAUGGUUUAAACAAGAAAAUCAAGCAUCCCAAAAACAAAGUGUACAAACCAUGCCAAGAAUGUAAAUAUAUUUGAAGAGUGGGUUGCAGAAUCCUUUGAGGAGGUGUGAAUGGAGUCUGAAUACCUCAAGAGAUGCCUAGGAAUAUGCUUGGCAAAGGGACUUGCAGAAGUGGUAGAGCAUCGGCCCAUAGACCCAAUAGAGUACCUGGCAUACUGGAUUUACAAAUACAGGAGAAAUUUAGAUGAAGAACAACAGAGGAGGCAGGAGAGGGCUGAACUUGAGCAAGAGCGUGAGGAGGCCCUGAAAGAACUAGAAAUGUUAGAAAAAAUGAAGGAAGAAGAACUCAUGAUCCAGCAGAAACUUGCAGAGGAGCAACAGGCUCAGCUGGAACGAGAACAUGAGGAGGCUCAGCUGGAACUAGAAAGGGUAGAGAAAGAGAAAGCAGAAGAGCUGUCCUUGCAGCAAAAAGCUGAAGAGGAACCGGGGGAUAAAUCAAGGACAUUAGCUGAGCUUACAGAUAAAUAUGGAGCCCCUAAUUUGACCCGAGUUGAGGAGAUAGAUGAGAGUGGGCAAUCUGACGCUGCACCGAAUCUCACGGCUGAAUCAGAGGAAGAAAACCCAACUGAUAUGAAAGUUGAUUCCUGAAGUUUAGUGACUUACUGUAAUUGUGUAUUUAAUAUAUGGAAUGAAUUUAUCAAUGAUACCUGGGGGUUUGAGAGUUAGAUAACAAAAUGUUUUAAGGCAGCUAAUUUAAGGCAAAUAUCAUAAAAAUAAAAAUCAUUCAAAUUCUGGGAAAAACUGAUUUGACUUGCUACUGAUUACUAAUUCAUGUAGUGUUCUAUGCAUCAGGUUGUAAAUACUGUACCUAGAUUCAAUGGAACCAGGAGAGACAAUCUCUUCUGAAGCUGAUACACUGAAUUCCAUGUAGUUCACUUUCAGACAAGUAUCGCAAAACCUAAUAUCCUGACUGGCCUUCAUGAAUAUUAAAUAUUAAAGCUCUGGAAGUAACCUUAGGGAUUCAUCCUGAUGUCAUUGUCCAAAAAUUCUCCUCUUCUCAUUUAUUAGAUUGGUUACUGCUUCCAUCCAGAACUAGUUGCAUUUCAUUAGUGGAAGAAGUGAUUCCUGUAUGUACACUGUUUAUAAUAAAGGUCUUGAUCUGA